UCGGUGUGUUGCUCUGAAGUAUGUUUGCUCGAAACUGGGAAAGUCGCCCAGUCCUCGCCUGUAGGUUGAACUACACCUGGGAGACAGUCUGGGAUAACCACUCCACAACAAUGCAGCGAAAGAUUUCGCCAGUGAAAACUUCGACAGAGUAAAUGCUGUUCCAGUAUUUUGUUAGAUGUAUCUUUUUAUAAUUCAGUGAGUUCACAAGGAUCUCUUUGUUUCAGCUAGCGACACGUUAGCCGCUUCCGGAAAACAACCUUCACACAGAAAAUCCAAAUGAAGACAUGGAGAUAACAUUGUCAACUCUGGAUCAUCAUCACGCUUGAAUGGAUUGUAUAUCUGGACAGGCAGGCUUAUGACUGGAAACGGACAGUUUUUAAGGAGAUAAGAGACGCACAACAUUUCCAGAGAGCUUGGUACAGAUCUUCUUAACCGCCAAUGGCUACAACAGAAGCUAAAGUAGCCGGCAGCAGUAGCGCUGCAGGUCUGUCGUGGGCGAGAGUGUGUAAGGAGUGCGGGCAGCUGCACGAGGGCUCGGACUGCCACCUGUAUGAGUAUCAGGACGAGGUGGACGAUGAACUGGUUUGCCACAUCUGCCUGCAGCCCCUCCUCAGACCUAUGGACACCCCUUGUGGCCACACAUACUGCUUUCACUGUCUGAGUAACUUCUUGAAGGAGCAGGACUUCUGCCCCGUGGACCGCCAGCGGCUGCAGUUACAUCAGUGCCGUCCCUCCAGUCUGCUGGUCAGGAACCUGCUGGACAAGCUGACGGUGAUGUGUCCCCACUCUGCAGAGUGUCAGCUGAAGAUGCAGCGCUGCGAGCUGCAGCCACACCUGCACAACAGAUGUCCUGUUUUUAGAAGACUGAGGGAGGAAGCAGAGAAGAGGAAGAGGCCCUCGUGGAACGAGCUAAAAGGACGUAAGAGUGACGGGGAGUCGUCUGCUGACGCUAAACAUUCAGCAACACUUUCCCAAAACCCCUCCAGAGAUCAGCCUGAGCCAGGGCUCAUCAAUCCUGCCUAUGAAGAAAGUGAGGAUGAGAUCAAUUACAAGGUUGAAGUCCUCAGUGCCUGUCAGUGUGUUUGA